GGUGUUCGUUGACAUAGAGGAUUGCAGUGAAGAUCACUGGCAGCAGAUUUCUGUACGAGUUUUGUGAACUUGUAACAUGGAUCGCUGGAAAGGCAGGGUUGCUCUUGUCACUGGAGCUUCAGUGGGAAUCGGAGCAGCGAUCGCGAAGUCUCUUGUCCAGCAUGGCAUGAAGGUGGUCGGCUGUGCCAGAAAUGUGGAGCAAAUUCAGAAAUCGGCAGCAGAUUGUGUCAGUAGUGGAUUCAGUGGCACACUGAUACCAUAUAAAUGUGAUCUGUCUGUAGAGGAUGACGUGUUAUCCAUGUUCUCCUGGAUCAAAGUUCAACAUCAGGGCAUUGACGUGUGCAUUAAUAAUGCUGGUUUGGCUCUCCCAGAGCCUCUGUUGAGCGGCAAAACCAGUGGCUGGAGGACUAUGAUGGAUGUGAAUGUCAUUGCCCUGUCAGUGUGCACCCGUGAGGCUUACAAGUCCAUGAAAGAAAGAAAAAUUGAUGAUGGUCAUAUCAUUAAUAUCAACAGUAUUUGUGGACACCGGGUCAUCAACAGUGCUGAUGCACACUUCUACACUGCCAGCAAAUAUGCAGUGACGGCUCUCACAGAAGGUUUAAGGCAAGAGUUACGAGAAGCCAAAACCCACAUACGUGCCACGUGUAUUUCUCCUGGCAUAGUGAAGACAGAAUUUGCCUACCGACUCUUUAGCGAAAACCCAGAAAAGGCUGCUGCUACUUAUAAAAGUGAAAAGUGCCUACAAGCAGUUGACAUCGCAAACACAGUGGUGUAUGUCCUGAGUGCUCCUCCUCAUGUUCAAAUUGGUGACAUUGAGAUCACGCCAGUGGAUCAGUCAAUGUAACUGGCUCAAGUUAAAUGGGAUCAAACAUCUCGACACACUGUGAAAGAAUUUGAAGUACAAUCUAAAUAAAUCUAUAAAAUAAUUAUUGCUCAAUUUACUAGUAGGUUUAGAAAUAAAGUACAUUUACUUUACUAUAUGUAUUGUAAAAGUUACAA